CCAGAGAGAGAGAGAGAGAGAGAGAGGUAGAGAGAAUAAUAAUAAGGACGACGGUAGUCAUGGGCUUCACAGCCAAGCCUAAGAGUCCUAGCACCAGCACCUCCUCGUCCGGCGACAACUGGGGAAUGGGUUUACUUCUAGUCUUCUUCCCUGCAGAUAACUCCGCCAACGCCAUUGUUGAUAAAACCAACAAGCUCUUCUCUUCUUCUUCUUCUAGUUCUGCGUCUUCUUCAGCAACUUCCUCUCCCUCUUCUUCCUUCAUCAAACGAACCAAUUCCAACAACGUUCUUCUCUCCAAAGCCCAGUCCACCAUUUCCAUCUGUGCGCUUUUAGUUUUCAUCACCCUCCUCCUCUUCACCCUCUCCACCUUCGAACCCAGCUCCAAAACCCACCCCUUCUCCACCGCUUCCAGAAGAUUUCUCUCAUCCCAGAAUUCCAACAAACCCAACAGCAGCCGUAACCAGUUCGCUCUCCAGAGAAUGGGGACUUUGUACAGGCGCGGGACUAAGGCCAUGACCGAUCUCGUCGUGGGUCAUGUAGACGUGGACGUCACCGAACCAGAGCUCCGACUAUUUCUCAGACUCUUGCACAGGUCCGGCCUCACCGCUCGCGCCGACAUCGUCUUCAUCUUCGCCUCAUCAAAAUUCCGGUCAGCAAUCCAAGAGGAGAACGAGUACUUCCUAAACCUCGUCCGCCGUCACAGAGAAUCGAACUCCACGACAUCGACGAGUCAAACUAACCAUAAACCCGGUUCUAGUUCGAGUUCCGGUUUCGAUGUCAGUCAGUUUCUCAAACUUGGGAAGAAGGAAACUGAAGAGCCGCUGUGGGGCAAGAAGAGCAGUAUACACAGCAAUUCCAGUGAUGAAACGGACCAGGCCGAGUCGACUCAGUUGAUCUACGGCUCGGUGGUGGGGUUCGAGGUGGGCGAGCUUGACCCGGAGAACUCGCUGAGGGGGUUCCUAGACCAUGUGGCGCCAAUGAGUCUAAGAAGGUGGGCUUGUUACCCGAUGCUACUCGGCCGCGUGCGGCGGAACUUCAAGCACAUAAUGCUCGUCGACGUCAAGAACUCGGUCGUACUCGGCGACCCACUAGGCCGAGUCAGGCACAAGAGCGCCGAGUCAGUCCUGCUGUCCACAAUGCCCAACAAGCAUUGCAGCAAGAAAAUCUCGGACCCAACUCAGUCCCAUUGCCCCGUUAACUCGGCAGUCAUCACCGGCGGCGCUCGCGGAAUUCGGCGAAUGUCAACCACGGUGUUAACGGAAAUCGUCAGAGCGGCCAUGCAGCAGCAGCAGCAGCAGAGGAAGAGGAAGACCCCGGUUACCGAGUCGGGGAUUCUGAGUCAACUCGUUGGGAACCAGUUCAUAUCGAAGAACAUCAAUUUGGUCACGUCCACCGACUCGAUUCCGGACCCGAAUUCAGUGGCACCUGGGUUGCUUUUAUCCCACGCAGUAAUUCAACGCGGUAAUAGUAAUCAUGAUGAACUUAAUUCAAUUAUCAUGAAGCAAAUUUGUUCUUCAGAAAUAGAUUCUUCUGUCUAUAGGGAUUGUUAGUAAAACAAAUAAACAAUAAGUGCAAAGGAAUAGAAAUCUUUAUUAAGAUAUUGUCCAGAAAAAAAUUGUUCUCUUUCUUAUUCUCUCCAUGACUCCAAAUUUUGUUGUUACUUGUUUAUAAUAUAAACUUUAGCAAUAAAUUACAUUCUUUGGUGUAAUUUUGUAUGAUUGAAUUCAUCAAGAAACUAUUACCCUUUUUGGCUUUGAGCCCC